AUGGACGGUACUAGUGAUGCCAAUCCCAUGGCUUAUGACAAAGCCAAAGCUGGAACCCAUGGCGUGAAACCAGAAGACAUCGAUUUCUUGCAACCAUAUGAAGAAUAUGUUAUGUUGUCGUUCAACCGAUCUUCUCGCCACUUCACUCUUGGCCCCAAUUUUCCACCGGCGUCGGAAAGUCUCAAAGAAUACGUUCCGAUGUUAAGCCCAGAUGAUGCUUACCACAAAUACGGGAAUCACUGUAAGUUUGAUAAUUUUGAUAGGAUUCGGGUAUGGCCAUGGUCUGACAAGCCAGAGAUACAAGAUGCGUUUGUGCAAUGGUACCAGGAAUUAGAGCCGGAAUAUGGAGAUACCUGGAGGAUGGCUGGGAUUUAUGAUUUGUUGCAAUUUUGUACCAUAGGGCUUGGAGAGAGCUGGGAUUUGGUGGAAGCAGUGCUAGUGUUCUGGAGUGACACCAGUAAUGUGUUCUGCUUUCCUUGGGGACUGAUGACACCCACCUUGCUGGAUGUUUGUGUGAUUACCAGUCUGUCUGUCAUUGCAACCGUAGCCAUGGAUGGGGAUGUAACAGAUGAUGAUGCAGCUGCAGCAGCUGCAGCGGCUGCAGGUCAACCAAGGAGUUAUGGUCCCUUCAUUAAUGAGAACAAAGGGAAGUUAAGUCGCCUACACUAUAUUCGCUUUCUGGCUCUGUGGUUGAACAGAUAUGUGUUUCCUGGAAAAUCCUUUCAAAUGACUAUGAAUUGGUAUCAUGUUGCUGGUAGAUUAGCUGCGGGGGAACAAAUGAAUUUGGUUCAAGCUGCUCUGGCCAUGCUUUAUCACUGUCUACAUAAAGCAACACCUGGGUUUACUGAAUGGUGGGGUGAACUUUCGACUACGAUGUAUGGCUCUGGGUAUGAGGCGAUCAAGACUGCAUUUUGGAUUGGGAAAUAUGUGAAACCCAAAGUUGCUACUGGAAAAAACAAAGAUGUGGGGAAAGCAAAAGCUGGUGGUCAGAAGACCAAGAAAUCUGUUACUGUUGCAGGAGGAAAAGCUAAGUCGAAUUCUGCGAAGCGAGCUCCAACCACAACUCGCCGAAUUCGUGUCACAGGAAACUCGGUGACUGUCCAUGGUAGUGAUGAGGAAUUGGAUAGUCAAGAAAGUGAGAAAGGCUCUGUUGCACUUGGAGAAAGCGCUGCUACCAGGAGAAUUGAGUCGGAGUCUGGUGGAACUAAGAGUAAGAAAAAUUUAAGAGUGGCCACUUCAUCUACGCAACCGAGUUCUGUAAAGAAAGCUCCCCCAUCUAUUGCAGCUCUGAUGGCUCGGUUGGAACGAACCAAAGCAGCAUCAUUCAUUAAAGUAGGCGUCGCCUCCAAUUCACCUAAUAUCCCCUUGGGUGUUGCUUUGCAACAGAUCGCUGAAAUGUUCCAGCUUCCAGCAGAAGAAGUGUAUAACACAAAGUAUGACCAGUUGAAAAAUCUGUUGUCCACGAUCCAAACCUUUCUUGUUGAUGACAGCAUGGUAGCAGCCAUUCGGCUAAUCCUGGUAGAAACGACACAGAAACAGAUAGAGUAUACUGAUGUUGGACUUGGGGAGUACGAGAGUAUGACUGAAACAAUGAAAAAACUGCACCCUAAGUACCAAGAUGCUCAACAGGUUGUGAAAGGAGCUCAGGCGAGUUGGAAUUUCCUGAAAAACACAAUUACUCGUUUGAUGCAAACUGUGGGAACAGCUCCAAAUUCUCCUGCUGCCAUGGAUCAGGUGCAUCCAAACCAACCAGUAGUGAUUCCAAAUGUAGGAGGAGGUGUCGCACCAGAGGAGGCCUAG